GGGCGGGACGCAGGCGCACAGGGUGUUGUGUUGUCUCCAGACACAGCUGCCGCGGGCUCCACAGGUGCAGCAGCCGUUGCCCCGACACCGAGGGCCCUUCGCCCGCUACCUCACCACGUGACCGCUGCCGGUCUCUGGACUGUUUUCGCUGGCUGUCGGAACUGCCGCCUUUUUUUUUUUUUUUUUUACACAAGGGACUCUAUAGAAAGAGAGGGCUAUGUCCCAGCAGCGGGUGAGGAGAAAUGGCUCCCCUACACCCCCGGCGACUCCCGCUAACGGCAGUACCGGAGGUGCACCAGGUAGCCGGCUGCAGCCCAUGAGGGCCACGGUGCCCUUCCAGCUGAAGCAGCACGGCAGCCCCACACGGGUCAAUAAUAAUAACAACGGAUCCGCCCACCGCAAUUCACCCCGCAGCAGCAGCCCCGGCAGAGGGAACGGGGGCAACGGCAACGGCCUGGAAUCCCCGCCAGCUGUCACCAGCUCCCGGAGCAGCCCGACCGUGUCCACACAGACUGGGGCGUCUCCCACCCGGGGGCACCACCAUCAUCACCACCACCAUCAUCACCACCAUCAUUCCCAUCACCAUCAUCACCACCACCAGCCAACCCUGGGCUCCCCUACCUCCACCUCUCCGGUCAUCUCCAGCCCAGCAGCCGAUCCCAGCACACCGGGGGCGCCCUCCUCCUCUUCCUCCCCGUCUCCGGUGUCCCUGUCUAACGUCAGCAGGUCUGGCUGGCAGCCGAGGAGCUCCCCAGAGAGCAUCUCCCCAAAAGAUACCCUGGCCGCACCGUAUCUCUCUGGACAAUGGCCCCGAGACCAUGGGCAGGUGGCUCCUUGCAUGAAAGAUCAGUCUACACAGACGGAGAGUGCUUGGGCUGAAGAAUACGCUGAAAAGAAGAAAAGCUCCCACAAGCGCUCUGCGUCCUGGGGCAGCAACGAGCAGCUGAAAGAGAUUGCAAAAUUACGUCAGCAGCUUCAGAGGAGUAAACACAGCAGCAGGCAUCAUCGUGAAAAGGACAGGCAGUCUCCGUUCCAUGGCAACCACACUGCUAUUAACCAAUGCCAGACAUCCCUAUCUAAGAAUGUACUUACUCCAAUGACCAUACCCAUCACCAAAUCAUCGGGCUCACGAUUCCGGAACAGUGUGGAAGGGCUGAACCAAGAGAUUGAAAUCAUCAUUAAGGAAACCGGAGAGAAGGAAGAGCAACUCAUGCAUGGAGACUGUUCAGGCCUUCCUGAUGUCAAUGGGAACAUUACAAUGAGUUUCCAGCAUCUGCACCCUGAGCCGCAAGAUAUUCCAGAUGGACACCGUGCUCCCCCACCUCUUUCUCUUAGGAGUGUAGAUACUCAGACACCUGGAGGAAAUGACCGUGGCAGUAACAACAGCAGCCGCUCCCAAUCCAUAUCUCCUGCAUCCUUCAUAACCAUCUCAAAUGACUGCAGCGCGGAGAGCCCAUGUUCAACUGAUGACACACACACAGAUCUCAGAGACAAAGAGAAUGGAAAUCACUCUCCCUUUCCCAAGUAUGCUACAUCUCCAAAACCGAACAACAGCUACAUGUUCAAGCGAGAACCACCGGAAGGCUGUGAAAGGGUUAAAGUAUUUGAGGAAAACGUGCCAAAGCCGUUACAUGAAAUCCCUCCUUUCUACUGCCCUGACAAGAACAAAGUGAACUUUAUCCCAAAGAGUGGAUCUGCCUUCUGCCUCGUCAGCAUCCUCAAGCCUCUUCUGCCAAAUCAGGAAAUUGCUUUCAAAGCUUCCAGCCACAGCUUGACUGUUCCUUCUGGUAUCCCAGCCUCACUAGUUCAGAAUUUUAGCAUGACCUCCAUAUCAUCAAACCUAGAACAAGAACGUAAUUCUCGUGGUACUAAUACUCUUGCCUCUCCGAUGUCUCUGCUGCACCCUACUGGCCAGAUUGAUGAAGAGGAGGACUAAGAGCCUGUAUCAGUGCUCGAUCUGCACUUACCUGAUAUUUAGACUCUCUAGAUGCAGUAUUGUCAUAAGCUCGCUAUAUUAUUAUUCUGCUGUAACAUGGACAGCAUGCCUUACCAUUGUUGGUAUUAGUAUCGGUAAUCGAUCUGCUCUUUGAUACUAGAAAGGGCUUUCAGUUUGAGCUCAGAAACUUCUGUAUUUAAGGAACUGCUGCAGCAAUUGCAAAUGGGAAACUAGUUAGCAACACUAUGCUUUGUGUUCCUAAGAUAUGGCCACUUUGCUGUUAUUACUCAGCUAUUGGCCAUUUAAAGCGUCAAUAAACCUUCAGCAAACUUUGCAUUAAUCAGUAGUACAUUGUGUGGCCCUUUUUGGCCAUUAUAUGACUUGUAUCUGACAUUUUAGCAGUUUUCCCCUGUCCUUGCUGAAUAUCUGGUUUGCAGCUCUCUCAUACAUGGUUAGAGGAGACUAACUGCCAUCCACAACAGACACAGAAAGUAGAGGAGAAUCUCCUUCCUAACCUCCUCUUACUUAGUAGCAGCCUGAGGAUAAUGGAGUACAGAGAAGUACUGACCUGUAUGCUUUUGAAUUAAGCACUUGUGAGCUAUAACCUUCCUAUGUAGCUGUGCUGGUCUCCUCAGCUACUGCUCACUCCUUUCCCCUCUCCAUAGACUUGCGUGUAAUGCGGCCCUCUUUCUUGGAUGGGAAAAAAUGCAUUUUUCAAAGUGAAAAGCAAUUAGCUGGGGGAGUGGGGUCUGGUAAACAGCUGAUAACAAAGACUAGACAUUUUUCACUGAUAGAACGCAUUCUAAAGUUUCUUAUGGUCGUUUGUACUAUUGAUUUAUGCAAAGUUGUAUGAAAAGUUGGUGACCAUUUAACCAUUGUGAUACUGACAACAUGGGUAAAGGGAUAAGCAGCCUUCAACUAUCCAGUUAUUGCAAAUAGGAAUGAUUGGUACAUUGUGUGCCACUCAUCCCAUCUGGUAGGGGAGACGAAACGUAUCAUUGUGAAUACAUAAAGGUGCUGUCAUACCAAAUUCUUUUCAAAUCUCAUGCAUGGGUAUACAAUUCUGAAUGUUUUAAGAAAGUGGGGAAACGUGUUUUCAGUGGCUGUUGUUUUUCCUAUUGUUUCAGCUGUUUUCCAGCUGUGGGGACCAAACAUGGUAUAUACUCAAGUUCUAGUGGGAUGAAUGUCCCUUGUUAGGAAUGGUACCAUGUAAAUAAAGGACAAAGAUGUUGAGCUCUAGUUGAUUAGUAUUUGUGAUAUAUGGCAUUGUAUGUGGCUGCUGCAUUAUCAGUGUACCAUGGUUGGAAAUGUCUAUUCAUACACUUAUUUUUUUUAACCAUACAUAGACGCUUUUUGUUUUGAUAUAGUGUUUACUGUAAAAGUUUACAGGUUCUUUUAUAUACCAGUUAGGCUCUGGUUUUAUUAGAGGGACUUCAGCCAAGUCUACAUUAUGUAAUCCUGGAAUUUCCUCUUACAGAACUGCCUGAGAAUAUCUCGCUAUACUGACUUCUUCUGAGCACUACAGAAAUAGAGCUGUGGGUCUAUGAAACACAAUGCACAAAUGACUUACUAACCCCAACCCCAUAACAGAGGCUUGUUUGAUCUGGGAUACAUGUGGCAUCUACUGAUAAGACUAGCCGUGUUUAUCUGAGCGGGACAAAGCUGUAAUACCCCGCUCAGCCACUACUAAGUAGAUGAUGAUGCCACAGCCCCUUCACACAGCUGAUUGCAGGGUUGCUAAACGUUGGCCCCCCACUGAUCAGAUAUUGAUGGCCUAUCCUUAGGAUAGGCCAUCAAUGUUGUGAACCUAUAAAACUUUCUUAGUCUUGGUUUCUUUUCAGCACUGCUAUAUUAGCACAGACUAAAAGAAGUCUUGGGGCUCGUUCACACGAACCUAUUUUGCGUUCCGUAUACGGGCCGUUUUCUGCGUUCCGUAUACGGAACCAUUCAUUUCAAUGGGUCCGCAAA